AUGUCUGGGAGCUCCGCCACCCACCACAAGACCCCUCUGCUUCAGGGCCUGCGUCCCGGCAUGGUCAUGAGAAUUCGAGGUGUUGUCCCUGAACAGGCUGGCAGGUUCCACGUAAACCUGCUGUGCAGUGAGGAGCAGGGGGCAGACGCCGCCCUGCACUUUAACCCGAGGCUCGACACAUCUGAGGUAGUCUUCAACACCAAACAGCAGGGCAAAUGGGGCCGUGAGGAGCGGGGCUCUGGCAUCCCCUUCCAACGCGGGCAGCCCUUUGAAGUCCUCCUCAUAACCACAGAAGAAGGGUUCAAGGCAGUGGUCGGGGAUGAAGAGUACCUCCACUUCAGCCACCGGAUGCCACCCGCGAGCGUGCGCUUGGUGGAGGUGGGCGGAGACGUGCAGCUGCAUUCUGUGAAUGUCUUCUGA